CGCCCAAACUUCUCGUCUGGGAAACGACGAAUGUGACGUCCUUCCCCCCCCCAUCGAUUUCUCCCCAAACAGUGACUUCUCUCUGUGCGCAAACAGCACACCUUUACCAAACACACGUUUUGUUUUGCAUCCGCCACCAAACGUGCCCGCUUUUUCAGCCUCCGGCCAUCGUACCUGCCCAACCCGCAGCGACUCCGCGUCCAACAGUCAUCCUUCCUCUUUCCGCUUCCACCUCCGCUUCGUCUUCAUUUUCCCCGCUCUCCAAACCUCCUAUAAGACUCUCCACCUCCGUAACCGUCGCGCGACUACUCCCUGAGAAUCCCUUCCCCCCCACAAAGCAUCUAUUCAGCACCAUUCAUCCCACUAAGCCGCGUCGUUAGACCAAAUGCUGUUCAAAGUCAAACUCUACCGAUUGGAUGGAAGGAAUACUCUACUAUAUCCCAGGAACUUCAGACAAAGCAUUCAUCCCCAAGACAAUUCUCCUAGGCUAUUUUCAUUUCGCUGCGACGAACCCAACCCCGUGUUUAGAUCUAUAGCGGAGAGUAGGAACUAUCUUUAACCGCAGAAGGGAUAUAUCUCUAAAGAACAAAACAAUAGCUGCUCCUGUAGCCCUCUAAGAGGCUCUGAAAAACAACAACAAAAAAAAAAAAGCCCAACACACAACGACAGGUGAACACAAAAAUGGGUUUUAUCAUGGGCCACUGGACGCAGUGGUGUGCGGUGUCUGCUUGUUGAGUUUCGUGAUGCUGCCAGCCAUGGUUCCCUCCCUUGCUGUCUGGGGGAAUCCCCGCCUGAUUCACUCUUCACUGCCCUCGACUCUCUCGCACCUUAAAGAAUCGCCUUGAGACCCUCGCUCCCUCUCUCCCUCCUCCGCAUAUCUCCAAACCCUCUCCUACUGCUGCUUCCCCAUCCACUCCGGCAUCCUACCUUUGCCGUAUCCAUCCAGCCGAACACGUCCUCGAACUUGCAUCCUGCUCAGUGCUUUAGUCUGACACUGAUCCCCUUGACACCUUUCCCCCCCUCUUUGUAGGAGUUCCAAGAAAAAAAAAAAAAGCGCGUGGACUCCAAUCGCUGUUGGAGUCCUGGUUUGUUUCUCGCCUUUUUAGAUAUUAUUUCUUGGCUAUUUGGCCUCUCUUUGCUCCUUCGGCAGGCUCUUCUCCUUAAGCUUGUGCGCUCUUCUGGAGACCACACAACGAUGUCGCAAAGCGAGGACGAGAAGCCCUCCUUGGAGGACUCGGGCCCGCUCAGCUCUCCCCACUUUAACCUCGCCAGCUCGAUCAUCGCACACUGCCUUGCCAACAACCCGUUCGAAGCUGCUUUUAUAAAUCGCGGCCCUGGCAUCUUUGCUGCGGCAUUUGCCUCCUUUUCUCGCUUACCUGCUGCGUUCGUUGGGAACAAGGCCAAUCCAAAUGCGCCUUUCCGCACUAAUAUGGAAGCCGUUGUUGCGGCGAACGAUGAUGCGCAUUCGUACUCGAGUUUCGCAUCCACCGCCAUGUCUUCGGAUGUUAUGUCCUCUUCCGGCAUGUCCACGCCAUCGACCAUGAUCGGCGACGCCUCCGUCGAUUCCUCGUUUUUCUCUAUCCCACCCCGGUGCUCAUCUCCUUACACACCCCCAUACGACCUUGGGUCGUCUUUUAGAGAUCCCGAGCAGGCUCUGAGCAACGUGGAUGAUUCUGACGAGGAUCAGUACUCCGAUGAGGAUUCUGAUUGCGAAUUUGCCGAUGUUGAAAGCGACCAUGGAUCUGAGGUCGGAUCCGCCGGAUAUGACGAAUAUAGUGUCGAUGAAAUGGCAUAUGAAGGCUCAGAGGAUGGUGAUUCGUGCAUUGGGGGUGACGAAAUGGAAAAUGACGAUGAUUCCAUCGAGGAACAGCUGUCUUUUAUAUCGUUCGAGCGCUCAGUUCACUUCUCCUCCGCUGAUGAUGAAGUGAUCCCCGACACUGGCUUUGAAGAGCCAGUCCCGGAUGCCGUUCCUGAGAUGACCUGUCACGAAAGGAUGGCUUUAGCGGAGCAUCUGAAAACCCGACGAAUUGGAAACUGGGAGAAUGGAGGAGACUACGAUCCCGAGGAGCAUUCCCGCGAUUCUUUACAGCUGGACAAGGAGCUCCUUUCCGCUUAUAUUAACGGUUUACGCACCUUGAAUAGAAAUCGCUGUGAGACGGCUCUCCGAUCACGAACGCUGCAUGCGAGCCACGAGAGGCUAGGCCAAGUCGAUGUGCAGACAGAUAAAGAUAUGAAUGAAUAUUUUGAGCGUAUCAACGACCUCCUUCGUGGCAUUUUCCCCAACCUAUUCACCGAAGACGAGUACCUUCGGAUCCUUUCCGAAGCUGAAUCGGCCAUCUCCAUUGAUGAAUGCGGUCAGCUGACUUAUGAAUCCCAUUCAGUGGCUGUCCAGCACAUGAUACGGAGCCUGCUGGCUGAACGACUUGGUUAUGAUGAUAUGUUCCUCGAAGAUGAGAUACUGGAGUGGUUCGCCGGCAACCUGAUUGCACCGCUGGGUCAACAGGCUCUGGCCCGUCGGCAUCAAGAAAACUGAAUGGUUUAUCUGUCUUAUGGAUUUAUGACGAUCUAUUAUCUUUUCCCGUACGGGUUACUUGUGCUUAGCAUGUUCCUGCCUGACCUUUGGUUUAAUCCGUUUAGAGGGGCCGAUUACAUAAAAUCAAGGAACGAAGAGUCCCAUGGAGUUUUUCCUCGGUUUCCCUUUUUUCCGCCCCCCAAAUUUUAAAGAAAGUAGUGCGAUUUACUGAUUUCGGGACUUUGCGGGAGCUUUUCUGUUUCUUGAAAAUUCUACUGCCCUUUUCUUUAAUAAUGCUAAUUAUUUUUUUUCCUCCUCCCAUAUGUGCUGUACGUUCCUGUUCGAGUGAAAGAUAGAGGAAGUUUCUCUCCAUCUUUGAACUGCUGGAACAAUGCUACUAUGCGUUGCCAUCGAAAUACUCUGUGUUGUGGCAGAGUAUCCAUAUAUAUAUAUAUAUAUGUAGAGUACAAUUCGUCCAUCGCACGGAGCAACUGCGAUACCACUUCAUAUAACCAAUGG